AAACCGUCUGAAAUCUGUCAGAGCCAACAUGACCACCAAACUUCUCCUUGUAGCUUCCAUAGUUUGUUUCACCGUUAUUUCGGGGAAGGACAGACAAAAACGAGAAGUUAUAGGAACUCUUGCUGGUGGUGGUAUUCACAUCUCAGAUAUGAUGGCCAAGUCAAUACAGAUUGCCCUAAAAGACUGGGCUAUUCGUACAGAGUUGGAAAAACAAAUGUACCUUUCAGGCUAUGAUAAGGUGUCGAAGGGCAGCUAUUUGUGGCAUAGAUCUAUGUUCAUGAACUUAAAGGAGUACAGUAAAGUCCAAGUUCUCAAUCAAAAGGGUUUUAUAAAUCUUAGAGCACUUGCGGAAUUUGAGAAACUAUCUGGAGUUCCAAUCCACGUUAUGCAGAAUGACUACAAAUUAGUUGAAGAAUGGCAAAAACAUAUAUCUCCAUAUUGUGAAUGUCCUAUUCCCAAGUGUAAUCCUAAAUACCCAUACAGAACUGCAGAUGGUGGUUGCAAUAAUUUCCAUGUUCCAACGUGGGGGCAGGCAAUGCGAGCUCAACUAAGAUGGCUUCCGGCAGCAUAUUCUGAUGGUUUAAAUGUUCCAAGAAUUCACAGUAUAACUGGAGCAUCUCUACCAAGUCCUCGACUAAUCAGUAAUGUGGUCCACAAUGCUCACAUGAGUGACUUCAGGGAGCCAAAACAAUCCAUGAUGAUGAUGCAGUUUGGUCAGUUUCUGGAUCAUGACUUCGUUGGAACUCCAACAAACAGAGGUUUCAACAAUUCAGAAAUCCAGUGUUGUGACCUAGAUCCUACUACAAGAGAUAAAAGAGGUUCCUGUUUCCCGAUACCUGUUCCACCAAAAGACAAACGUUUCCAUAAACCGUGUAUGAAUUUUGUUCGUUCUUCUAUUGCACCGGAACUGUACUGUAAACCAGCACCAAGAAAUCAGAUCAACCAACAGUCUUCCUUUAUCGAUGGAUCUAUGGUUUAUGGAAACUCAAUGAAGGAGCAAACAUAUCUACGUCUAGGAAAAGGAGGUUUACUGAAGAUGACUGAUGGUGGAUUUUUACCUCGUUAUGAAGAUGGCGAUUGUAUUAUGGAAAGUCCUGGAGAAUACUGCUUCGGAGCAGGGGAUGACAGAAACACAAUUGUACCCUCUCUUGCCUUCCUCCACAUCGUAUUCCUAAGAGAACACAAUCGAUUGGCUGUAGCUUUAGGUAAAAUUAACCCCCACUGGACUGAUGAAAUAAUUUUCCAAGAAACCAGAAAGAUAAUUGGAGGAGUUCUUCAACAUAUCAUCUAUUCCGAAUGGCUUCCUCUUGUUCUUAACGACGAAUUUAUGACCAUAUAUGGUCUUAAAUCUGUAUAUGGCAAAUAUAAUACAGUUUACAAUGAAAAAUUGGACCCAACUACAGCAAACGUUAUGGCAGCAGCCGCUUUCAGAUUUGGACAUUCAAUGAUUCCAAAUUUCCUUGGUUACGGAGGUCCAGGGGGUAACAAGAUUGCAGAAUUCCCUAUAUACAAAACCUACAACAGACCCGGUGUAUUGAUGUCACAUGGAGGCAAAGGAAACGAUUGGAUAGGAGAAUGGAUGUUGGACGAUAGUCAUGCUAAAAGUGAUCGUGUUGUUAACGACGGUGUUAGAAAUUAUCUGUUUAUGGAUCAUCAUGGAAUGAGUUUUGACUUGGUAUCAUUCAAUAUACAGAGAGGACGAGAUCAUGGUCUGCCUCCAUACAAUGCAUGGAGAAAGUGGUGUGGACUUCCACCAGUAAUUCAUUUUGGUCAUGGACCAGGUGGUCUUGUUGAUCAUGACAAAGACGCAAUUAUACGACUUUCCAAAACUUACAAACAUGUGGACGAUAUAGAUUUAUAUACCGGCGGUCUUUCAGAGAAAAGAGUUAAAGGUGGAUUAACAGGUCCAACAUUCCAAUGUUUGAUUGGAAAAUCAUUCGCCAACUGGAAAUUCGGCGAUAGAUUUUGGUAUGAAAAUGACUUCAAGCUGACUGGAUUCUCGCCUCGACAACUUGAAACCAUUAGACAUCACAAAAUAUCAAAAAUUAUUUGCCAGAACACCAAAAUUCACCAUAUCCAGCCGGCUUCAUUCUUACUACCCUCCAAACAUAAUCAAAAGAUACCAUGCCACGCUAUUCCAGACAUUGAUUUAUUGGCAUGGGCAGAACCAAGUGAAUUGCGUACAAACAUAUUCUUCCCCGUUCCAGCUAACCCGGUCCCUAUCUGGGCUACUCUCGGACCAGUACAUUUCAAAGAAGCCUACAAACACGUGGCAGCUUACUAAGAAAUAGUUCUUAGUGAAACAUUUCCUUUUGUACGCAAUAAUAAUGGGAUUAUUUUGUGGACAAUUAAGAUGGUUCUUUUUUUAUAGAUGCUUCAAAUGAUAUCGACAAUAUCUUACUCAAAGGAAUUUGAUGCAUUUCAAUGAUAGGAGAAAAUAAACAAGACUGUUUCAAUUAAAAUGCAUCAAAUUGCUUACGUCGUGGACGAUAUAUCGAUAUGGUAAAGGCUUAUCACAUGCUUUCUUAGCAUAAUAUUUUUGGUGGUUAUUACAGUUUGUUUUAUAUCAAAUGAUGUUGUUUUGUUUAUCAAAAAUCACGUGACUCGUGACGUACGUUGUAGUUCCAAAAACUACAAUGUUGUGUAUGCCUUAUAUUCCAAAGGGACAAAAACUAAUACAGAAAAAGAAUUAGAUAUUAAUAAUGCAGUCGCUUAAUUAAUACACUACAGGAGAACCCUGCCGUCUUAGCUGAAGAAUAUCUUGUCGUUAGUAUUUUUAAUUUUGAUAACGUCUGUGUUAUUAUAUUACAAUGUGUAACUGUUUUAUAACAAUAACACAAAAUGGAUACAUAGAAAGUCUUAUUCAUCAUUUCAAAAGAACUUAUUGGUAUUCACAACUUUGCAACAUAAUACUACGGAUUUUUGGUUGUUGUUGCAAUUAUUAGGCCAUCUUUUUUUGUGGCUCAAAUGACUCACAGCUUAGCGGGAUAGUGCGAUUGUCAUCACAGUUCACUUGGACAUCCAUCAUAAUUCAAUAAUCCUUAUUCCAUUGUUACACCAACAAUCAAUACUUAUUCAGCCCAUUGUGAAAAGAAAGCGUGUAUUCCGUAAAGAUCAUAGAAUAAAAGUUAUAGGCGUAAAAUAAAAUAAAAUACACAAUUAUAGAGCA